AUGGCCAACACUACAAUGGGAAGUACCACUCGAGCAUGCGAUGUGUACCUGCUGUUCAAUGGCGAAACACUGCUUCCAAAUGGUGUCCGUGCUUUCCUUUGUACUGUUGCCCUAGCGUACUGUUUUAUUGGUUUAUCCGCGAUCACUGCCCGGUUCUUCAAGUCGAUGGAGAGCAUCACAAACCACUCUCGGGAGGUAGUUACAAUUGAUACAGAAACAAAUACGCCUAUCGUGAAGCAUGAGAAGGUUUGGAACUACACUAUAGCGGACAUUGCUCUGCUUGCUUUUGGUACCAGCUUUCCCCAGAUCUCCCUCGCAACAAUCGAUGCAAUCCGUAAUCUCGGUCAACUGACAGCAGGAGGUUUAGGUCCAGGUACACUUGUGGGUUCUGCUGCGUUCGAUCUGUUCCCGAUCCAUGCUGUCUGUGUGGUUAUGCCAAGGGCAGGCUCUAUGAAAAAGAUUUCCGAUUUAGGUGUUUGGUUAGUUGAGCUGUUUUGGUCAUUCUGGGCAUACAUCUGGCUGUAUAUUAUUUUAGAGGUGUGGACACCUAAUGUGAUCACCCUCUGGGAGGCCCUGGUAACAGUUUUGCAGUAUGGAUUACUUUUGGUUCAUGCGUAUGCGCAGGAUAAGCGGUGGCCAUAUGUGUCAAUCCCUUUGGUCAGAGGUGAGAGACCUGAAGAUUUGGUUCCAGCAGAAGAUACUUCACUUCACCAUGACAAAAAUUGUGAUGAAAAUAGUAACAUACUACCCAGCGAGAAUGAUGAUGUGGAUAUAUUCUCCAUUCAUUCUUACAGCAAUGCAGAUUUCCCAUGUCUCAGCAGCAUGGGGGAGCCGGUGUCCUCGGCCGGAGUUGCAUCUACUUGCGGGCGACCUCACUGUGACGAUCACAUCUACAGAUUCGGAGGUACAAACGACUGGUAA